ACAUCCUCCUCUCCUCCCACUCAUCCUCCAGAAGGGGGAGAGAGAAGGAGGAGGAAGAGUUUGGGCCCCCUCAGGGAAGGAAAGGAAGGACAGGGCCUGAUGUGCCCACCGUCCUCCUCACCACCAGCCCCUCUCCCCUACCCAGCCCUCUGCACCUGAGGAUUAUGGGCUGAGAGCACCUGUUCCUGGAUGCCCAGGUGAUGGCCCUCUUCCCCUUCCCGCUGAUGCCCCUAAUCCCCUCCAGCUGUGGUAUUCACCCUCUCCAUCCAGCUGUUGCUUCUUCCCCUCCCCCAUUCAUUUGUGGUUUUCUCCCUCUCUCUCCAUCUCCUCUGGCUCCCCUAACCCAAUUCCCCAGCCCAGGCCUUUCAGGAACCUCCUCCCUUUCCCCCACACAUUUCUCAAACUCCUUGGCUGAAAAAUAAGAAAGAAUCUGUUUCACACAGUUGUGACUCCUGAUAACUAUGGCCUUGGCUGAGGGAAGGGAAGAGAAGGGGUCAGAGGCUCUGUACACAGUGGAAGGAAAUUGGUGGGGUGUCCCUUAACAUAGAAGGAGGAGUCCCACCUUUGGGGACUUUAACUCCACACCUGCUCCCUCUUGGGAGAAGAGUGGGUGGGUGGCUCUCAACCAAGAAGGCAUGUGCCUGAGGUCUCUCCCCCACCCAGAGUCCUCUGAGCCACAACCAGUGCCUCCCUCCAAAUGACAUUUCCCUUCCAACUCGCAGGAUGGACUUCGUGUCUCUGGGGAGCUCUGAUUGUCAGCCCAAGGGUAACACCAAGGGAAGGCAAGCACAAGGGAUUCUGGAAGGAAAGGGCUCAAGCGCUCCCUGGCCUUCCUGUCCAGACAGCAAAGUUUCCUAGAGCUUCAUCAGGGCCUGCUCUUUCCCAUCUCACACUUCAGGGUGGCCAAAAGUGCUUGCCUUCUCGAGCCUGCCACUCACCCAUUCUCCCAGUGGGAACUGAGGUGAUGCUGGGGAGACCAAAGGUGUGAUACCCCAACUCCAGCCCCCAUGAACCACAACUAAAUACCCAUCCCCGAAUUAAACCCAGUUAUGGGCAGAGGAGGCAAGAAGUUUAAGUAAGGACUGGCUUUGGACGUCCUGUGUGUCCCUACAGCUAAGGAUGGCAGGACCCCUCUCAAAACCAACGGCUGGUUCCCCGUCCUUCUCCUGGAGGUGAUAAUGUGGUCAUCUGGCUUUGCCAAGAAGAGGACCCUAAAUCCUAGUACCCACCACCCCAGACUCACCCAGUGGCAUCUCACAUGCAGUACCCCCCAACACCCCCCGCCUGGCCUGGGGAGGAGGAAGGGACUAGGAGUCCCUCCUGGGGCAGAAGGAGGAUACCGUGGAGACGGGCCAGCAGGUGACACGUGGGCUUCAUGAGAGGUUGGCCACAGCGACUGGUCUCUCUGUCUCAUUUGCUUCUAGAAGGACCAGGGUCAUCUUUGUGUUGGGGGGAGGUGAUGAGGCAGGGACACUAUGGCAGAGGAGCCUAAGGAUCACCCAGGACAAAGAGCCCUUGGCCUUGGGUUCCUUCUUUCUUUGCUCUCCUUUUUCCCCUUGUGUUGCCCACCUCCCUUUCCACCUGUACCCUCUCUACUGCAGACAAGGAAAAGGGGAAGAAGGGAGGGGAAUCAUAUUUAUAAAAAGAAACCCUGCUCCUGCUUGUUAGGCACUUUCAGCAUGGUUCGUGUUUCUAGGGAUCUUCCUGUGUGCCAGGUCCUGGGCCAGGAACUUUACUGGGAUUAUCUCACUAGUGUUACAACAAGACUAAGAGUUGAAGAGUGUUCUCAUCAUCUCUGUCUUAGGGAUGAGGAAACGGAAACUUAAAGAAGUAAUCUGUUCAAAGUCAGAAAAGCAGUUUGGGGGAAGAGCUUAGGUCUUGAACCCAGGCCCGUCUGAUCCAGAGCCACCGUGUUCUAGACUGUACAACCACUGUAUGACAGGGGUACCUCAGUUCCAGUUCAGAAAGAAGAGACAGGUUUGUUCAGAAGUCUCCUACUCCAGGUUGCCUGCCUUGUGAGGAGCAGAGACAGGACAUCAACCAAGCCUCUCUGAUUCCCAGGCUACCCACUCACCCACUGUCCCAAGCCAGGUGACAGGAACGGAUGGGCACGCUAAUUUUUAUUUCCUCAUUUUCAGUUCAAAAUUGAUUUAUUAUGAUUUUAAAAGCAAUUCAAAGUUAUUACUGAAAUAUUAGAAAAUAUAGAUAAGCCACAGGAAGAAAAUAAAAAUACCCACAAUUCCACCUACCUAGAAACUGUUACACGUUGGUAUCUGUCUUUCCAGAUCUUUUUAUAUCUUUAUUUCUUUAUAAUUUUUUGUCUUCCACAUCUUUUUAAAUGCACAUCCACCUCAGGAACUAUUUGCUUAAUUGUGCUGAAUUUCUUUCAGGUCCACCUGAGGGCCUUAGUAGGAGGGAUGCUGUGGCCCUUCAUACCUUGCUCCUACCCCCUCCUUUCCCUUCCCUUUCAUUCUGACCUUAAAGGGUAGGGCUGAGGGAUGACCCUGGGCCAUGUUGGCCAGGGGGUGAGUAUGUAGUGCAGGCCUUCUCCCUUAGUCCACAGGAGGUGGAAUGGUAGGAUCUGCAGAGGAAGGACUGAGGGUCUGGAAGCAAAGAGAGUAGUGACUGGGGACUCCAGCGCCCCACUGCCACUGUGACCUGGUUUCCCUGGAACCCGAGACUGAGAAAUGUCCUGUGGAAGUAGAAGGUCAGAGACCCAGUCUCCCUUUUUCUGGUCAGACAGAAGAGAUGGCCUCUCCAGAAUCCACAAAGACAGACCUGGUGUCCAGCCAACCAGGAGGACAGAGCCAGGAGCCAGCCAUUGUGCUCACGGCAUUCCCCACAUCAUCUUAACCGUCCCCACCCCAGAAGUUGCUAGCCCUGGAUACCAGCGAGGCCUCUGGGGAAGCCUGGUGAACUGGAGGGAGGCUUGGCGGCAAGUGCCUGAGCAUGUCACCCUCUCUCUGCCUAAAACUCCUAGUUGCCAAACACCACAUGAAGACUGAGAACUUCCUUUAAAAAUCCAGGUGUUGUGCCUAGUCAAGGCUCAGCUUCUAAAUAGGAAAGAACUGGGAAGGGCACAGAUGGUCUCCGCGUUUUCCGGUUCUUUCUCCGCUACUUUCUCUGUUUCCUCUCUGCUUUUCAAAUUCAGGUGUUCCAUCCAUCCUUUUCCCAUUUGAUUCUCCCUGCUCUUUACUGUUUCCGUCUCUGAAUCUCUCCGCUGCGCCCCCCCUUCACCCCCUCCGCUUUCUGGGUGUGCCUGUCGCCCUUUCUGUGUCCGUCUCCCUAUCUCCCCAUCGCCUGCUUUCUCUGUGGCACUGCUGCCCCAAGGCCAACCCAAGUCCCCUCUCUCCAACACCUAUCGCUCUCCCUCCGCUCGGUGCCCGGGCCCAAGAUUUGUCUGCAUGAGGGGUCGAGGGAGGUAUGCGAAGGCGGGCAGCACACAGGCGGCCGGAUGAAGGGGCAGGGGGUCCACGCCGGCGACCCCCGCAGCCAUCCCGGCCACCAGCGCCUAGGCCAGCCCGGGUCAGGGGCGGAGCUCAGGUGCAGCCCCGCCCCCGCCGCUCACGUGACUCUGGGCUAAUCUUGUCCUGGUGACUUCACACGCCGCCUCGGGCCCAGUCGUCAUGGUUACGCCGCAGCGCCCAGCGCUUCCCCCAACUCGCUGAGUCCCCUCCCCUUCCCCACCCGGACCCCUCCUUCCGCAGCCGGGCCCCCGCCCCGGUUCCAGCCACGCGCCCCGCGCCACGUGACGGCCGGGAAGGAGGUCGGGAAGGGGGAGGGGGCGCUGGGGCCGUAACCCCUUCCUCCCCGCCUCGAAGGGCCCUUGCUGGGGCUUCCCGCGGGACCCGCGGACGGCCCGAUCCAGCCUGCCCUCCUGGCCGGCCAGCCCGGCGGGAGCGCCCGCGAGGCCCGGCUUGGGGGCGCAGGCGAAAGCCCUAGGAUCCUGCAGAGUAAAUUCUUUGCCUGUGUUUGUCAUUGGCCUUACGGUGUACAUCCAGUCCCUCCACGGCGCCGCUAUCUCGUAGGCUAUGUUGAGGAUUCAGAGGCUGGAUCUGACUGUGACUUAAGCUUUCUGAGCCUCAGUUUCCUCAAGAAUAUAAAGGGACCGACGGUAACAGCUCCUUCCCUGGGUGGUGGUGAAGAGCCAAGGAGCUACUGCGUCCGUAGGGUAGGGGCGGCCUUUAAGACGACCGUCCUGCCUGCGCGCGCGUGCUGUGCGAAGCCUGGGAUCCCUGCGGGAGCGUCGGGGUCUCAGGGAGUGCAGGCUGUCAGAGGGGCCGGGCGCCUGAGCACACAGUACCUCCAGGAUAAUGGGAGCCAUGACGGAGGAGGUACAGGGGGCCGUGCCAGCCCACAAGGGACAUCAGCUCAGAGCGGGGGGCGGGGGGGGGAUGCGCAGAGAGGGAGACUUGCAGGAUGAAGUGAGAUUUGGAGAGCUAGGGCAUGAGAGGCGCCUUCCAUGCAGAGAACGCCCGGGGCGGAGCUUGAGCCUUUUCCUAGGAGAGGGCACCCUGGGCAGAUUAUCCAAUACCUGUCUCUUGGGGUGAGUUUCGUUUUGAGGAUUAAAUGAGCUAAUGCGCCUAUGGACAGAGGCUAACGUACAUAGUAAGCCUUCCCUAAGAGUUAGCCAUUCUCAUUAGGUGCCCUGGCACAAAGCCUGUUGUAGCCUGAUGUCAGUUCUGUGUGGCCCGGGUACCAACAGCGGUGGGAGACGAGGCUGGGGAGCGACCAGAGCAUGGAGAUAAGGCUGCGGCACCAACGGCAGUAGGGGGUUAUUAAAGGGUUUGAAGCAGAAGAGGGGGUGCUGGCCAAUUUGUGUUUUAGGAAGAUCCUUCUAAAGGAUGGUGGAAAAUGGAGGUGGGGGGCCUGUGUAAGUAUUGGGAGACUAAGAGGCAGUCCUGGGCUAGCUGACACAGAUGAAGAGGACUGAAUUAAGACAGUAAGAUGGGACUGGAGAGAACAGACCAGCAUUGGGUCAGAGCUUUUCAAAUGGGCCAAAUUCAAGUAGGAAUUACCUAAGGUGCUUGUUAAAUAUGCAGAUUUCAGGCCCACCCAGAGCCACUGAAAAAUCCUUGAGAAGCCUGGAAAAUGUCUUAAAAGAGCUGAUACCAUCAGAAGUGCCAAACCUCUGUGUCGGUCUGUGUCAUCAUCCGGUGACCCCCUUUUUAUGUGUAGAUUCCUGUCACUCCUCUCCCGCGGUGAUUCGGAGGCUCUGAUGGCAGGCGUUCAGGAAGGACCCUAUUAUGAGGAACAGUUAGAGCAUCACUGUCCUCAGGAAUCCUCACAUCUCAUGAUUUGUUAGCUGACGAGAUGUGGAGGGAGAUAGAAGGCUAGAAUGACUCCAGAUGCCAAGCUCUGGACAAGUUUGGUAUAGACUGAAGAGUUCGCUGUGCCUGAGUGACAGCUAGUUUAUCCCUUUGUACAGAUGGAGAAAUUGAGGCCCAGAUCCGGUUUGCCCGAGGUCACACAGCCAGUAUGUGGGCCCAGCGCUCGCCACCGCCCCCGGGCCCAGAGGCCAUGGCCUGCCUCCAUGAGACCCGCACGCCCUCCCCUUCCUUCGGGGGUUUCGUGUCCACCCUAAGCGAGGCGUCGAUGCGCAAGCUCGACCCGGACACUUCCGACUGCACCCCGGAGAAGGACCUGACGCCUACCCAGUGUGUGCUUCGAGAUGUGGUGCCGCUCGGUGGGCAGGGGGGGGGCGGCCCGAGCCCCUCCCCAGGUGGAGAGCCGCCCCCUGAGCCUUUUGCCAAUAGUGUCCUGCAGCUGCACGAGCAGGACGCGGGGGGCCCCGGGGGAGCCCCGGGGUCGCCUGAGAGCCGCGCGUCCCGCGCCCGAGCCGACGAGGUGCGGCUGCAGUGUCAGAGCGGCAGCGGCUUCCUGGAGGGGCUCUUCGGCUGCCUGCGCCCCGUCUGGACCAUGAUCGGCAAAGCCUACUCCACAGAGCACAAGCAGCAGCAGGAAGACCUUUGGGAGGUCCCCUUUGAGGAGAUCCUGGACCUGCAGUGGGUGGGCUCAGGGGCCCAGGGCGCUGUCUUCCUGGGGCGCUUCCACGGGGAGGAGGUGGCUGUGAAGAAGGUACGCGACCUGAAGGAGACGGACAUCAAGCACCUGCGGAAGCUGAAGCACCCCAACAUCAUCACCUUCAAGGGCGUGUGCACCCAGGCUCCCUGCUACUGCAUCCUCAUGGAGUUCUGCGCCCAGGGCCAGCUGUAUGAGGUACUGCGGGCUGGCCGCCCUGUCACCCCCUCAUUGCUGGUUGACUGGUCCAUGGGCAUCGCCGGUGGCAUGAACUACCUGCACCUGCACAAGAUUAUCCAUAGAGACCUCAAGUCCCCCAACAUGCUAAUCACGUACGACGAUGUGGUGAAGAUCUCCGAUUUUGGCACUUCCAAGGAGCUGAGUGACAAGAGCACCAAGAUGUCCUUUGCAGGGACGGUAGCCUGGAUGGCCCCUGAAGUGAUCCGCAACGAGCCCGUGUCCGAGAAGGUCGACAUCUGGUCCUUUGGUGUGGUGCUGUGGGAACUGCUGACUGGUGAGAUCCCCUACAAAGACGUAGACUCCUCAGCCAUCAUCUGGGGUGUGGGGAGCAACAGUCUCCAUCUGCCUGUGCCCUCCAGCUGCCCAGACGGCUUCAAAAUCCUGCUUCGCCAGUGUUGGAACAGCAAACCAAGAAAUCGUCCGUCGUUCCGCCAGAUCCUGCUGCACCUGGACAUCGCCUCGGCUGACGUCCUCUCCACGCCCCAGGAGACUUACUUUAAGUCCCAGGCAGAGUGGCGUGAAGAGGUAAAGCUGCACUUUGAAAAAAUUAAGUCAGAAGGGACCUGUCUGCACCGCCUAGAAGAGGAGCUGGUGAUGCGGAGGAGGGAGGAGCUCAGACACGCCUUGGACAUCAGGGAGCACUACGAACGGAAGCUGGAGAGAGCCAACAACUUGUACAUGGAACUUAAUGCCCUCAUGUUGCAGCUGGAGCUCAAGGAGCGGGAGCUGCUCAGGAGAGAACAAGCUUUAGAGCGGAGAUGCCCAGGUCUGCUUAAGUCACACCCUUCCCGAGGCCUCCUGCAUGGGAACACGAUGGAGAAGCUCAUCAAGAAGAGGAAUGUCCCACAGAAACUGUCACCCCACAGUAAAAGGCCAGAUAUCCUCAAGACUGAAUCUUUGCUACCUAAACUUGAUGCUGCCCUGAGUGGGGUGGGGCUUCCCGGGUGUCCUAAGGGCCCCCCCUCACCAGGACGGAGUCGUCGUGGCAAGACUCGUCACCGCAAGGCCAGCGCCAAGGGCAGCUGUGGAGACCUGCCUGGGCUUCGUGCAGCUUUGCCACCCCAUGAACCUGGGGGACUAGGCAGCCCAGGGGGGCUAGGAGGGGGACCCUCAGCCUGGGAGGCCUGCCCUCCGGCCCUGCGUGGGCUCCACCAUGACCUCUUGCUGCGAAAGAUGUCUUCAUCGUCCCCGGAUCUGCUGUCAGCAGCACUGGGAGCCCGGGGCCGCGGGGCCACAGGGGGAGCUGGGGAUCCUGGCUCACCGCCUCCAGCCCGGGGAGACACCCCGCCAAGUGAGGGCUCAGCACCUGGCUCCACCAGCCCAGAUUCACCUGGGGGAGCCAAAGGGGAGCCACCUCCACCAGCAGGGCCUGGUGACAUUGUGGGGCUGCUGGGAACUGGAAGGGAAGGGACGGCGGGACGGGGAGGAAGCCGGGCUGGGUCCCAGCACUUGACCCCAGCCGCGCUGCUGUACAGGGCUGCCGUCACCCGGAGCCAGAAACGUGGCAUCUCAUCAGAGGAAGAGGAAGGAGAGGUGGACAGUGAGGUAGAGCUGCCCUCAAGCCAGAGGUGGCCUCAAGGCCUGAACAUGCGCCAGUCACUGUCCACCUUCAGCUCCGAGAAUCCAUCUGAUGGGGAGGAGGGCACAGCCAGUGAGCCCUCCCCCAGUGGUACACCUGAAGUUGGCAGUACCAACACCGACGAGCGGCCAGAUGAGCGGUCUGAUGACAUGUGUUCCCAGGGCUCAGAAAUCCCACUGGACCCACCUGCAUCAGAGGUGGUUCCUGGCCCCGAACCCAGCUCCCAACCCAUCCCACACCAGGACCUACCCAGAGGGGAGCAGGGCCCUCCCAAUAACGAGGACUCAGACUGUGACAGCACUGAACUGGACAACUCCAACAGUGGUGAAGCCUUGCAGCCUCCAGCCUCCCUCCCUCCAUGAAAACCACUCUUACUCCUGUACAUAGAGAAAUUAUUUAUAUAAAUAAUAUAUAAGCGCCACAUAAUCAACAGAGAAAGAUGGGGCUGUCCCAGCCUUAAGUCAGGCUCAAGGGAGUCUGACCCCUGACCAAUUCACCUGAUAAAUUCUAGGGCUACCGGCAGCUGUGGAAAUGGACAAGUAUUACCCUAGAGCUGUGGGUACGGGCAAACUGGCCCCUUCCUGCUUCACCCCAUUAUGUUCAGCGAGCGGUAAGGCAAUAGAAAAGCCAGACUUGCCUCUUAUGUUCCUCUAUACUCUUUUCCCCCUAACCCUGGGGAGGAGGAAAGGGAGCCACUUAGACUGCACUUUUUUGUUUUCCGUUUACUCUGUUUACACAUUUUGCACUUGGGAGGAGGGAGGCGAAGGCUGGGUCCUCCCCUCUGAGGUUUCUCAGGUGGCGAUGUAACUAAUUUCUUUGUCCCUCCAUUUCUCUGCCCAAGCCCUGGCUUAGGGCCUAGGGGGAGCUUAGGAGAUUGUGAAAGCAUGUGAUGGCUCAGGCUGAAGAAAGGGGAUGAUGUUUUAAGUCCCUGCUUUUAUCCUGGCGCCUGACUGGGGUGGGGACUGUCAUAUUGUAACCCCUGUGAAAAAAUCUUAAAAUAUAACCACUCCAUGCAGGCCCAGCUGUUGAGGGUUUUCUUGGCGAAUGUAUGGGGUAGUACACAUGGUCAAAGUAGGAGCCUUGGGCUCCAGACAUUAUCUGAGGACUCUGGACAAGUUCUUCCCUCCUUUUAUGUUUUUCCCCACUAAAUGAACAUCACUUAAAGUUCCAACCUUCUAAAAUGAUCUGCAUAAAUGGUAGCAGGUACAUCUUUCUGGAAGGACUUUAGUAGGAAAACAGAAAAUGUCAAAACACACAUUCUUCUUAUGGAGAGAACUGUAAAUGAACAGUUAUUCCAAACAAGAGACUGGUUUUCAGCUUGGCCAAGGAUGGGUCAGACAUGCCCGGCAAUGCAUCCAACUGCUUCCACAGUAUGCACGUGCAUCCCUCCCCAGGCCCUGCCCACCCAGUGGAGGUGCUCUUAGUCUUUGCAGACCAGUCCUAGGAAAAUGAGGUAAACGUGACCCCCGCACUUUCGGACAAAGGGCACACAGCUAGCUUGCGACAGCUAUUUGGUUACUCUGCAAGGCAGGAUAAAGGGAAAAUUAGUUCAAGGACUACAAAAAAAAAGAUGGAGUGGUAAAACAGAAGGUAACAUCUUAAUGGAAUAAAGGCUUAUAUUCAAAACCCAAGCAGGGUCCUUGUCCUUUGAGGCAUAAAAGGUGCAAAAAGAACAGCAAGACAACAGGAAUAAAACCCACAUGAAUCACUGUGGCAUCCAGUUUCUAUUCACAAAGAAAAAGCUCCAGUCCAUCUUUUAAUUUUUUUGAAAAAUUCCUGACAUUACAGAACUAAACUGAAAUGUAUUAAUAUUCCACUCUUACAUUUCCAUGACAAACAGAAAAAAAAAUU